AUGCAGUUGAACGCCUUCAUCGCCGCCUUGGGGCUAUUUACGCCCGCAAGCGCUUUACUCCGAUUUGGAUGUGCUGGCUUGACCGUCCAGCGCCUGGAUCCCUUGGUGAACCCAGGAAUGAACCCGUCAGCUCACCUUCAUCAAAUUAUCGGAGGUGAUUCCUUCAAUGCGUCAAUGCCACCAGAGUCACACGAUCUUGCUUCGCUUUCCACUUGUACCAGUUGCCAAUUCACGGAGGAUUUCUCCAACUACUGGACCGCCGUCAUUUUCUAUCGCGCCAAGAAUGGCACUUUGAAGAGGGUCCCGCAGAUGGCGCAGGCUGGUAUGGAGGGUACACAGGGCGGCAUGGUCGUUUACUACAUGACAGACGCCCUGUUUGACACUGCUCAAAAGUCAACUGUCACUGCUUUCAAACCUGGGUUCCGUAUGCUCGUCGGCGACGCAGGUUUCCGUGACCGCGAACAGGCCAGGAAGUUCCGACAGCUGACCUACAUCUGCAUGGAGAACCAAGGCACUCGUGCUCCAGAAUAUGUCGGUUUCCCUACCAAGCCUUGCCCUGGCGGUAUAAUGGCCAACCACAGAUUCCCCACAUGCUGGGAUGGAAAGAACCUUGACUCUCCCAACCACCAAGACCACGUAGCUUACCCCGAGUCUGGUACAUUUGAGUCGGGCGGUCCUUGCCCUGCUACUCACCCCGUACGUUUACCUCAGAUUUUGCUGGAAACCGUCUGGGAUACUAGAGCCUUCAACGACCCGGCAGACUUCGCCGAUGGAAAGCAGCCAUUUGUCUGGUCCACGGGUGACGCCACUGGCUACUCUAGCCACGCUGACUACCUCUUUGGCUGGAAGGAUGACUCGCUCCAGAAGGCUAUGGACGGCCACAACUAUGUGUCGGCCCCCACACUCAAGACUCAGACCAUUGCUCAGCAGAACAAGUGCAAGGUUCCAGACAUGGUCGGUGAAAACAUCGAUGGCUGGCUAAACGCUCUUCCCGGAGAGAACCCCGUCGUUUGA